CCCAUGUUGAAAGGCUACCGGUUCGUUCCCAAAGGCAACGUCUACAUCACCAGACACUGCCGCAAAAGGACCCACGAGGCAGACAAGACACUGUACGUGGUCGUCGACAAGAAAGACAAGAAAGACAACAAGCCGCUGGGCCUGCGCUGUCCGGCACACAUCUACCACGCUGCCAUGCGUGAGCACGCCACGACGGCCGCCCAGCGAGCCGACGCCGUCCAAAAGCGGGACGCAGCCAUCUCGGAGAACUUUGAGUCGGCCAUCCUCAAACUGUUCCCCAAGAUCCCCAUGACAGAAGUCCCACAAAUCCUCAAGCACUCGCGCAAGAAACACAGCUGGCGCGUGGGCGGGACGGGAACGGUGGCCCUGCACGGCAGAGUAAAACUUGCGGUGCGCGCCCACAUCCGGCAUCUUCACACCAACUACGACCAGCUGCUCAAGGUCUGGACAGGCCGGCGGCGA